AAAAUAUAUUGAAAUAGAAAACCCUGAGUUUUAUGGUGCAAUUAAAGAGAAAAUAUACAAAUUAAACACAAAAGGGGUGGCAUAUAAAGCAAGGGCAAACAAUAAGAUCAAUUUGAAUCAUGUUCAUAUUAAUUUUGUAACUGAAGGUUCAGGAAAUAAAUAAUACGGUCAAUAAGUAGUUGGACUCUCCUUAGUGAAAGCAUUGUUCUCUGGAUUUCUGAAUUGAAGCAGUGAUACCAAGAGGGAAGGACUGACAUAAUGGCAGAAGAGAAAUCCAAAGCAGAGAAGAAGUGCAAAGAGCAAACACUGACUGAGAAGUAUAAUAAGUUCCUUAGCAAGAUAGACAAUUUCCAAGUGACUCCUGAAGACGUCAAUAGAUUUGCUCCAAUGUGGUUCAUCAUAGUCAUGUUUUUCACCUUCUAUUUAGGACAAUUAUACAUUGUUCCCACUGUGCAUGCAACCUACCAACUGUCUUUUAAUAUGGAGUGUUUCUUAUAUGGGGUCUUGUACUUGGCUUUCAUUGAAUUGCUGGUGAACUGGUAUUACAUACGUAAUGUGGAAAGUAAACAUAGAAACACAACACAGACAGUAAAAACUGAUGAUAACCAUGCACAUAAUGGUGAUGAGAAUGACGCUAAGAAAGACAAAAAUGAAGGGACAAUGGAUGGAGGUGAUAUGGCACAGACAGACAAACUUAAAUCAUCAGCGAAAAGGGAUAAUGGACAGGAUACAGGAUCAUUGGUAUAUAAACGCUUCAGAGGAGAUGGUCAAAUCUAUGCUGUGAAAAUGCCUUCAAAUGGAGCUAAAUCUGAACAACCAGUCAUGUACUCAUACUGGUCAUGGAAACCUUGUUUAACAUGCAAACGUAAUGUUCCACCAAGAGCUCACCACUGUCCACUGUGUAAAGCAUGCAUCUUGAAACGAGAUCACCAUUGUUACUUCACAGGUCAAUGUAUUGGACUGAACAACCAGCGUCACUUUAUUGUCUUUACAUUCUGGAUAAUAUUUGCGAGUACUGUAUACCUAACAUACACUCUGCUUUAUACAUACAUCAUGAUUUUCAAUCUUGGACAAUUAUCAUGGAUGGAUAUCUUUCUACCAGCAACAUUUGUCCGUUGGUGUAUGGGUUAUACUGCAUUCUAUCAAGUGAUCUUAUAUUUUGUUGUUUACAGUUUAGCUUUCUUUAUGAUGCUCUCAUUCAGGUAUAUAAUAUUUCAGCUGAGAUUUAUAAGAAAAGGUAUAACAUCUUUCGAAUAUGAAUGUAAGAUCAAAAUUAAGAAUGCAAAUUCUUUUUAUGAGGAGCUGAUAUCAGUAUUUGGUGACCAUGGGUAUAUGAAUUUCAUUUUUCCUUGCCACGAUAUCUUCCCUCUUCGACAAGAUGCUCUUGAUUGGCCAAAUAUAAAACAAUAAAACAAGGACAUUAAUUAUUCAAAAAUCAAACAAUGAAACAAUGAAUCCCUCAAUGGAACUGUUGGACAUUCCAACAGUACAAGUAAUGUGUGAAUCCAGUGUGAUUGUGGCAGUUUAACCUCUUGACUACCUGGAGUGACGA